GUGCAGGCAGUAGACAAUCGAUUAUAUGUUCUUCCCUUGUAUGAUGUUAGACGUAUGUAUGAUAUGCAUAGUCAACAGCAUUUCGUACAUCGACACAAGUUUCGGUACGUAUUUUUCCAUCAACUACUGCAAUAUUGAGUGAAAAGUUAUCUUUUCAGAUUACUGCUCGAUGUUCAUCUACAUCAACAUCGUUUACAUGACGUUCAUCAGCGAGCCAUCAUACAUGUUCUAAUGAGUCGUCUUAGUCGUACAUUAAAAAUGGUACCAAAAGAAUAUUUCCAAUAUAUAACAUCGUCGAUUCAAAAUUAG